AUGGCCAAAGUACAUCACAAUACCCAUCAGUCUCAAUCAACCAGUUCUAUAAUACCUGAUGAUUCACUAUGGUCGUCCAUCCUGUCUAGCACACUAGCUUCAAAAUCCAUUCCAAGUCGAAACAUUUUGCUCGUUGGUGAUGCACAGAGUGGAAAGACGACAAUUGUCCAACAUUUGAGACAAGAUGCGUCUCAAAGUCGACAUGCCGAACACGUCGAUGAGAAUGCAGAAUUGGCAUUGUCGUAUACGUUUUUCGAUGUUAAAGAUGAAGAUGAAGUAGCAGCCCGUGUCGGAAUAUACCAGCUAGCAACACACGCUGCAUACGGAUCCCUCAUCAAAUUCGGAUUGACAGCCUCAACGCUCGACGACUCGCUGAUUGUCCUCGUCUUGGACUGGACUCGACCUUGGAGUUUUGUGGAGACUCUGCUUACGUGGCUGGGCAAGCUUGAAGAUGAGAUUGAAGAGUUGACGUAUAAUGAUCCUGAUUUGCUUGCUAACCUGAGAGAAAAAGUCGAAACAUCUGUAAGAUCAUACACAGAACCUGGUGAAGUUACCAGCUCCCAGCACAAUGUACUCUUGCCAUUGGGACCAGGAUCGUUAGCGAGGAAUUUGGGAGUGCCGAUAGUUGUGGUUUGCAACAAGGCGGAUGUCAUGACCAAACUAGAACGAGACUACAAGGAAGAAUCCUUUGAUUACAUACAGCAGACGUUGCGAACUAUAUGCUUGAAAUACGGAGCAUCACUAUUCUACGUAUCAAAACAACGUCCAGAAACACUAUCCAACCUACGUAGCUACAUACUCUACCAGCUUGAAUCACAGCCAAAGACACCUUCCACCACAGCAACCUCAUCCUUUCCGGUAAAAGCUCAAGUAGUAGAACGCGAUGUGAUUUUCAUACCAAGUGGAUGGGACAGUUGGGGGAAAAUCAAGACUAUAAAAGAGUCGUUUGAUUGUUCCGGUAUUGCUGGGUUGUCUAAUGCUGAUUCGAUAACAGAUGGUGAAGGAGUCGCUCGAAAGAUGUAUGAGGAUGUCAUUAAGAGGCCUCAUUCUGAUAUCGUCUUGACAAUAAACACUGCAGUAGAAGCAGAAGACGAACAAGUCUUUUUGGAACGCUUGUCAGACCAACUCGGAAUGUCGAUCAAUAGCAGUGCUCUCCCCCCAAGUGGUCUUUCAGCAGACCCUCCAAGUCCGAGACGACUGCUUCCUAAACAACCAUCGAAUAGUGGGAAUGGUGGUAUGGGAUCCGAGUCAUUGGAUGAUGUGUCUGUGAGACUGUCAAAGCUGGCAAAGAGGCCUGAAAAGACUGCUCUCGGUAGAAGGAAAUCGUCGGAACAAAGUGAAACAACAGGAGCAAAUUUAAGAGUGCCAGCAUCUGUAUCAGAUCUGGUUAAUACUACAAGUGGACCAAUGGGUGCUUCUCAGAAUGAAGUAUUGGCCACCUUCUUCCAGAAUCUGUUGAAUAAAAAGUCAACAGGGCCUUCUUCUUCUACCCUGCAUCCUCCGAAGCAUUGA